AUGCUAACCUCAAGAAACUUGUUAUCUCAAACCAUAAGAAAGAAAAGACACAAAAAACCCAAAAAACCCAAAACCAAAACAAGAAACAAAAAACAAGAACCCAUUUAUAAAAACCAAGAAGAUCCUAUUGAAAAAGAGGAACUAGAAGAAGACACCGAAGGGUUUAAUCUAAAAACAUCAGCUCCAUCAAAUACUCAUGGGGUCCAGCCACUGGGCAAUCUUUACUUAAAUCUAGGCUCCAUUAACUCAAGAAAUACCGGUUUAGGUAAUCUUCAAAUCUUGACUGAUGAGUUGGUUCUUGAUAUUUUAGGAUUUGUUGAUGGGAGCCAGUUAGGAGUUUUAGCUACUGUUAGCAAAUCUUUUUAUGUUUUCACUAAUCACGAACCUUUAUGGAGAAACCUUGUAUUGGAUAAGUUAAAUGGUGAGUUUUUGUUUAAUGGGUCAUGGAAGUCUACUUAUAUUGGUGGUAUUUACCCUUCAUUUGAUUGCAGUGGUUGUUCAUGUUUGAAAGUUAGAGACUUUUAUUCUGAUUAUCUUUUUCAAAGUUGGUUAUGUGCUAGUCUUGAAAUGAAACCUGAAUGGCUUGAGAGAGAUAAUAUAGUUAGAAAGAAAGGUAUUUCUGUCGAGGAAUUUGUGAUGAAUUUCGAGGAACCGAAUAAACCGGUAUUGUUGGAAGGGUGUAUUGAUAAUUGGGCUGCAUUGCAAAAAUGGGAUAAGGAUUAUUUGGUUAAGGUGUGUAGUGAUAUGAAGUUUGCAGCUGGGCCGGUGGAGAUGAGGCUUCAAGGGUAUUUUAGGUACUCGGAUCAAGUGAUGGAAGAAAGGCCAUUGUAUCUCUUUGACCCGAAAUUUGUUGAGAAGGUUCCUGUUUUGGGUUCAGAGUAUGAGGUUCCCGUGUACUUUAGAGAGGAUUUGUUUAGUGUUUUAGGUAAUGAGAGGCCAGAUUAUAGGUGGAUCAUAAUUGGCCCGGCAGGAUCUGGUUCGUCAUUUCACAUAGAUCCUAAUUCUACAUCUGCUUGGAAUGCAGUGGUAAAGGGGUCUAAGAAGUGGGUUUUGUUCCCGCCUGAUGUGAUACCUCCUGGUGUACAUCCGAGCCCAGAUGGUGCAGAGGUGGCAUGCCCUGUUUCCAUAAUUGAAUGGUUCAUGAACUUUUAUGGUGCAACAAAGAACUGGAAAAAGAGACCUAUUGAGUGCAUCUGUAAGGCUGGUGAAGUGAUCUUUGUGCCCAAUGGUUGGUGGCAUUUGGUGAUCAACUUGGAAGAAUCCAUUGCUAUCACACAGAAUUAUGUCAGCAGGAGAAAUCUGUUGAAUGUUUUGCAUUUUCUUAAGAGGCCAAAUGCAGGCGAACUAGUGUCUGGAACUCAAGACCGUGUGAAUUUGCAUGAUAAGUUCGAGAAUGCUAUUGAGUGUACUUUCCCUGGAACCAUCAAUCAAUUGGUGCAGAAAGCAGAGGAGAAAAAGGCCCAAGAAAAAAACCAUCCUUCUGGGACUCAGUGA